AUGCUCUUCUUGUCUCUAGCUCUUGUCACAGCGCUUGCGCCAGCCGUUCUUGGAUGCCCACAGCACUCCAACAACAAACGAUCACAUCUGCAAGGACGCCAGACCAAUCCCACACAGAACCCCAAUGCCAACACCACACAGAACAUCUGGACAUACGAGGCUUCUUUCAACUGGGGCAAGCUGAGCCCCGAUUACCGUCUUUGCCAAACUGGUACACAGCAAUCGCCCAUUGCACUCUCCCUUGGCAAUGGACUAUCACUGAAUCACGUUCCGAGAUUCAAUUAUACCGGUGCAGUGGCUGGCAAUUUCUUUAACUGGGGCUAUGGUCCCGCUUUUACACUCGCACACAACGGAGACUGGACAUCACACCCAAGUUUUUCUUACGAUAACGAGACGCUCUACCUGAAGGGGUGGCACAUCCACGCGCCGGCCGAUCAUUCAGUUGGAGGCGAUCGUAGUAAGGCUGAGAUGCACUUCGUCCACGUUGAUUCCCAGGGCCACGAGGCCGCUGUUCUUGCAUUCCGGCUAGACCCUGGCAAUUUCAACAGCACCUUCUUUGAUCAGCUGCCCCCAAUGAUCGGUUUCGAUGACAUGGGCACUCAGGAGCCUGUUGAGCUGGAUCUGACGCUUGCUAUGGAGUCAGUGCAGUAUUUCAACGAGUUUUGGACUUAUCAGGGUAGCUUGACCAGCCCGCCUUGUCACGAGGGAAUUAGGUGGUUUGUCGCUAGGCAGAUCAUGUUCACCGGUGUCGAGCAGAUGCAGGCGAUUCUAGGCGCGAGCACUUACUCUGCAAGAGCCGAGCAGGAAGUUUGGCAACAUCGCAUUAACGAAUAG